AUGAGAGAGGGUGCGCGGGCACUGAGCGUGCAGCUGCCGGAAUCCACGGUGACGAGUCCGCGGUCUGUGGCGGUCAACUACGAGCCGCGGCUAGCAGUGACGGUCGAGACGACGGCGGUGGACGAGCUGCUGGCGACGGCACGCUUACGUUGUAUCGACAAGGACUAUGUCGAGCUGGAACUAGACGAGUUUGAGAUCUAUCGAGACCCAGACAAGACGCAGGCGCGUCUGGUGUCGCUGCACCAUCUCGGGACAGACGAGCGGCUCAGCCCACGACUGUACUUUGACGGGAUCCUCAGCGUCGGUGGCAGCAGCAGGCAGUUUUACGUGCAGCGAGUGCCGGUGGUGGAAGUACCGGUAGACAACUACGGGGCGGACUGCGAUACGGCAGCCGAGAGCGUGUGGCUGCGAUCAGAGGUGGGCCGGACGCGGAACGUGUUCUACCGGCUCGGACGGCCAUCGGUGGUGUACAAGCGCUUCUUCCGGCCCUUUCUCUGGAUCGUCGAUCUGGGCAAGCACUUUGUCGAUUUUUGCGAGCAUCUCACGAGCGACGGACGCGGCGUGCGGCUGUCCCACUUCAAGACAGCCUUUGCGCGGUGGCUGCGACGAGUACACGGACAGUCGACAGCCUGUCGGCGAUGGCACGCGCAGUUUGGGCGCGACGACUUCCGCACAGCCGUGACGGCCCACCGAGAGUAUCUGUGGAAGGAGGUAAGCUCGAUUCUGGGCGAGGAGCGUGGCCGGUCGAUCGGUUUCUUCCGCGAGGUCUCGUGCCAGCUGUACCACAACUGGACGCCAGACCUAGACCGCCAGCCGGUGCAGCCGACGGUGGUGACGCCCUACAACUACCGGCUUUUCUCACACCUGGCCAUCGGACCGUAUCUGCAGGAGACCCCGGGCAAGGGUGUGGCUCGAUGCGGUGAUGCGACGUCGAUUCUGCCCCAGUGCCAGACAUCGUUCCGGACAGGUCCCGAGGCUGCCGACAAACAGGCGGCCCUACGGGCGAUCCAGGUAGGCGACGUGAUCUCGUGUCUGCGCGACUCGACGGCAUCAGGGUCUGGCUGGAGUGCCGAGGGCGAGCGCAGCCCGUUCUGGUACGCGCUGGUGCACCGGGUGACGAGCAGCUCUCCGACCGGACGGCGCCUCGACGUGGCCUGGCUUUAUGCGCCCGAGCACACGCCCUGUCGCCAGAUGCGGUAUCCGUGGCGCAACGAGCUCUUCCUGUCGGAUCACUGCACCUGCGACGAGGACGUCUUCCUAGCCGAGCACGACGUCGUCGCCGUGCACUCGGUCGACUGGUUUGGUCGUCCCGACACCACUGCCGACUUCUUUGUGCGCCAGACGUACCUCUGUGCCGACAGGUGCUUCGUCCGCCUGCAAGCCGAGCAUACCGUCUGCAAGAGCAGCCCGAUGCUGGCCUUGUUCGCCGACCUGGUCGAUGCCGGCUCUAAUCGCUAUGCUGGAGCUGCACGGCCGCUAGCCGUCGGCGACACGGUGCUGGCCACACUGGCCGCGCACGAUGUCCGCUCAGAGCCGUUUGCGAUUGUCGCUCUCUUUGCCGACGACAACUCCAUCAAAGGAGAGCCGGUCCCGAUGGCAAGACUGCGGCGACUGCUGCGGCGGCGGGCUGUCGAUGCGACCGCACCCGCAGCUGCGGACAACGAGCUCGUGUACAGCCAGCAGAUCGUAUCGCUGCCCGCCAGCCGCAUCGUCGGCCGCUGUGUCGUCCGCGUCUUCCCAGCCGACAGCUCGAUUCCGUCACCGUAUAAUCGCGGCGGCGCGGGGAACCUGUUCUUUAUGACGCACAAGGAGUGCUUAGUCAGCAAUACACAGUGCGCCGCAUCAGCCACGGCACCAGCCACAUCCAACACCACCUCAUCCCCAACCUACAUCCCCCUCCAGGAGCCGGUCUCGCUGCGCCAGGGCUUUCACCCGACGCCGACGUGCCAGCGCAAGCUGCGGGCACUAGACCUGUUCUGCGGCUGCGGCAGUCUGGGUCGCGGGCUGGAAGACGCCGGCGUGGUGGAGACGCGCUGGGCCAACGACAUCUGGGACCGGGCCAUCCACACGUUGAUGGCGAACCGAGCGACAGCCGACGCGGUCGAGCCGUUUCUGGGCUCGGCUGACGAGCUUCUGGCACGCGCACUGCAGGGACGCUACUCGCGAGCAGUGCCAGCACCGGGCGAGGUGGACCUGAUCUCGGGCGGCAGUCCGUGUCAGGGCUUCUCGGUCCUGACCAGCGACAAGGCCGCGCCCAAGCAGUACAAGAACCGGUCGAUGGUGGCGUCGUUUGCGUCGAUGGUAGACCUGUACCGACCUCUGUACGGCGUGCUCGAGAACGUGCCGGCCUUUGUGGCCCGCCAGCCGCGACAGCAGGACAAGAACCACCGGGAAGACAUCUUUGGACAGCUGCUCUGCGCUCUCGUCGGUCUCGGCUACCAGGUCGCCGUCCAUCUGGGCAACGCCUGGGCCUACGGUGCGCCUCAGAGUCGUCAGCGCGUCUUUCUGCUGUUUGCCGCGCCCGCCGUCCGCCUGCCGGUCUUUCCGCUGCCGUCUCACGGAAGCCCAUCCGACUUCCACGCGACGACGGCUGUCGGCGGCCUUGCCAACGGUGACUGCAUCGCCGAGGCCUGGGAUGGUCCCACGGCCUUUCCGUUUGUGUCCAUCGGCCGCGCCACUGCUGACCUGCAGAUUGGCCCGGCUGCCUGUGUCGAUGACGGCUUUGUCGAUGUCUGCAUCCCCCAUCCCGAUCAUCGCGUCUGCGCCGACACGUCCGACCAGAUGCGCCUUCAGAUCGCUUACGUUCCCCCGUUUCCUUUUGGCAUGAACGUGCCUCGUGCCAUGGCCCGCCGCCACGAGGACCCCGCGACCUCGCCGUCGCUUCGCGUCCUCUUCACUGAUCACGUGCUCGCCGCCAAGAUGACCACCAACGCCUACAAGCGCGUCGACCCGACUCGCCUGCUCGCCACCGUCACUACCAAUUGCAACGCCGCCGACGGAUGGACCGGCGCCGUCCUGCACUGGCGCCACAGACGCCCGCUGACCGUCCUCGAGGUUCGCCGCGCCCAGGGCAUGCCCGACGAUGACGUCCUCGUCGGCUCGCCCAAGGACCAGUGGAAGAUGGUCGGCAACGCUGUCGCACGACCACUCGCUAUGGCCAUCGGCCUUGCCGUGCGCGAGGCCUGGCUCGGCAGUCUGGAUGAAGAUCCUAGACCACCGUCAUCCUGCAGGCCGUCUCCCAAAAACAGGCAGACACCCUUGACUACUGUCACCGCCACCUCGUCCGCCAGCUCGCCGUUCAAGCAGAACCGCAUCUUCAAGACGAGCGUGCGCAGGUCCACCGUCUCUGGUGCCACCGUCGUCUCGCUGGCCGACACCGCCGACUCGGACCUCGACGAAGACCGGCCCCAUAAGAGGCCGCCUCCCGUCGUCAUCGACCUGACGGCAAAGAGGCCGCGCUACGACAGCGAUAGCGAGGCCACCAUGGUGGGCGAUGAGUCUAGCUAG